AAAUACACAUCUUAUAUGAAAUAUCUUUUAUACAUGAAAAACGUGCUUAGAGCCUUAGACUUUGUUGUAUUAAUAUUUGGUGAAAUCCUUGAUAUCUACCUACUUACAAAUUUGCAGAUGCAAGAAAUUUAUGGGGCUUCUGGUUACUUCAUUGAGGCAGAGAGUAUGAACAAGAAAAAAUGUCUGGAAACGAUAAAGCUGACAAAAUUGUCUACAAGUGAUAAACUAGAGGGCUUCUGUGCAUCAAAAGAGAUUGCUACCAGAUCCUCCUUUUUGUUGGUGGCUGAUGGCUGUUGCUUGUUGGUCUGUUGCAGCUGUUGGCCUGCUGUUGCUGCCGCCCUCGUGGCUGAUGCUUGCUGGGCGGCUGCUGCUGCUGCAAUGUUGCUGUGAGGGGGCUGCUACUAGAUGUUGGUCUGCUGGAUAAGUUUGUGGGUGAUUUUCAUGCCGUUUUGCCUGUCUUUGUUAGUUUCAUGUUUUCAUUUUGUUAUCUGUUGUUUCUGAUGUGGGUUCACAAUUUGGAUGUAUUUGGGUAUUUUAGUGACUUUACCCUUUUAGGUUUUAUACAUUGCUUCUAAAAGCAGUAUUAGUAGUGUUUUUUUUGCUUGCACAUCAACUUUAGGUGAUUUCAUAUCAAUGUUAUUAGUUUGUAAUAGUGAUGCCUGAGAGAUGGUUCUUGUAAAUCUGUAAAUCUUAUAAAAAUAUAUAAA